GUCGUGACCCGCAAGUGUUUAUACAAAUAUUUAUCAGUAGCGACCUUGAAGUAUCUCUGGUAUUAAUCCACGUUGUUUGCAGGACCGACUAAAUGCAACCGCACGAAAAAUUCUCCUCACUUGUAUGGUACUAACUUUCCUUGUCAUCUUUUUCUAUUACACACAAUCCAAGAUUGGUAACUUUGACGAAGAACUGGUGCUAAAUAAUUCCAACUCGAAACCUCAGGGCGAAAAGUACUUGAUCCAUACAUCGAAGUGUCAAAUCCCGAACGAAGACCCUUUCAACGAACAAGUCAAACCAUUCUACCACCCACAAUCCUACAUUCCUUGUUCGAAACGACCCCCCCUAACCUACAUAGAAAAGAAAGACUCUUCGAUCACCCUCCGCAUCAACCAAAGCCUCCUGGCAACGUACAGCAGGUUCACGAUUUCGUGCUGCUGGUCGGCUGUUACUCGGGUCGUCGAAGAGAACAAGUCGGACGACGCCGUGAAGUACAACUCAUUAUACACCAAAUUCAAACUAACGCUAUGUAGAGUUUCAGAUUGCGUUCCGUUCCAAAGCAGUACCACCGUCACUGAAUCCGUCGUCUGGGUCAAGUGCAAGAGUCCCAUCAAUUCCGAGAUCUACUCCAACGUGCACGCGAUUGUCAACCCUAAGCACGUACACCAGAAGCUACAACAAGAGUGGACGACGACUCCGAUGAGUGUUUUGUUCGUGGGGAUUGAUAGCAUGUCGAAGAUGAACUUGGUUCGCACCAUGCCCAAGACAUACAAGUUCCUGGAGGAGCACGACUUUGCGAAUCUGAGGGGGUACACCAAAAUUGGCGACAAUACGUUUCCUAACUUGGUGGCAAUUUUGACCGGGAAGACUUGGAUCCAAGUUUACGAUCAGUGCGACCCUAAGAAGAACAAAAUGGAUAACUGUGACAUCAUUUGGGAUAGGUUUAAUGAUUUAGGGUAUAUUACGGCGUACGCCGAGGACGAGUCUUCGAUUGGGACUUUCAAUUACAACAGGAAGGGCUUCGGGAGUCCGCCGACGGACUUCUACUUUCGACCGUACAUAAUCGUUGCGGAUAAUCUACCUUCCAUUCUAAACGUCGGGAUGCAUUUGUGUUCCGGACCGGAGACUUCCGGUGAACGAAUAAUGAACCUAGCCAAAGAUUUUGUUCUUAGUUUUGAGAAGAGCCCGAAAUUUGGGUUGUUUUGGAUGAACACUUUCAGCCACAAUAACGUGAAUCUUGCGUCUUCGAUGGAUGCGAAAGUCGAGACGUUCUUGGAAGAUAUCUACGACCAUUUGGACAACGUGGUUUUGGUUUUCUUCAGCGACCACGGGUUUCGGUUUGGGGAUAUAAGAUACACUCACACGGGCUGGGUGGAGGAGCGUCUACCCUUCAUCUACGUCCAUCUACCGAAAACAUUGAAGCAGCUUCACCCCAAAGAAGUUGGCCACUUUCUUACCAAUACGAAGAGGCUGACGACUCCUUUCGAUCUUUACAUGACACUCCAGGAUAUUUUGGCGUUUACUAACCAGAGUUACGAAGUCCAGCCGAGUCUGGCUUGCCCCAAAUGCCACUCGUUGUUCCAGGAAGUGGAUGAAGCGCGGACUUGCAAAGAUGCUGCUAUUGAACAACACUGGUGCUUGUGUUCUGGACACUCGUACGUGAAUCCGAGCACCCAGAUCGUCGUGGAUACCGCUCAGUAUAUAGUUUUCGAGGUUAACUCUUUGAUUCAGGCCUCGGAGAGCGGGCAUAAGUGUGCUUUCUACUACUUGAAGAAGAUCGUCUCUUCGGGGAUGUCCGAGUUGUACUUAAACGAGAAUAAUCAAACGGUGCAUUAUAUGCUGAUUAUGCUUGAAACGAGACCUCCGGCGAUGUUCGAAGCGACGGUGGAAGUUGCUUCGCAGCCUCAUAAGUUGCCUAGAUUUCGUUUGUUAGGUGAUAUUAGUCGUAUAAAUAGAUAUGGUGACAAUAGCAAAUGUAUUAACGAUUCUUUGAAGAAAUAUUGCUACUGUGAUGGACUUUUCACUUCAAUUAAAAGUGCCAUAUGUAAUUUUUUGAAUUGUGUUUGAUUUUAUAUUUGUUGAAUUUAUUAUACAAAAAGAAAGAAAAAUUAUAUUUUCUGCAGUUAAUAAAUUUGUUUUUAUAUUUUCAAAAA